AGGAAUUAUACGGAUUAAAUGGAUUACAAACUUUAUAAUUAGUUAAAUUUUAAUGACAAAUGCACACCUAUUUAACUCGUUUUCGAUCCUAUAAAACAAAAUGCAGAAACGAUUUGCGAUGCUUGCCGUAAUAUCAAUAUUAAGUUUAGCACUUUGGAUUUAUUGGAGUUCAAACUUAGAAUUUCAUGAAACUAUAAGACUUAUAAAAACCAGCCAAAACAGAUUCAUAAAGGAUCUUAAAAUAUCACCUUCAAACACGUUAUGUGGAAAAAAUCCAUUUAUAAUUAUAAUAGUGACAUCAUAUGUUGGUCAUGUUGAACUGCGGAGUGCGCAUCGCAGAGCCAUGCCUCAAGAGUACCUAGAGGCCAUGAAUGCAACUAGAAUAUUUAUGUUGGCAAAAAUUCCACCGCAUGAAAAAUAUAUUACUCAGGCUUCUAUAGAAGAUGAGAGCAACACUUUUGGAGAUAUCCUCCAAGGCUCAUUUCUAGAAAACUACCGCAACUUAACACUCAAGCAUUUGAUGGGUUUACAGUGGGCCUCGAAAAAAUGCAGUGACGCUUCCUACAUACUCAAAGUAGAUGACGACACUGUAUUUAAUUUAGAAAAAACAUAUAAACUUUUAAACAGUAUUAAUAUUAAAGGAGACUUCCUUAUGGGUUAUAUGUUAAACAAUACCAAGCCGAGAAGAGAAAAACAGAAUAAAUGGUAUGUGACGUGGGAAGAAUAUCCGAGGAAUGAGUACCCACCGUAUAUGUCCGGCUGGUAUUACAUAACAACACCAAAUACUGCGGCUAGACUAACAAAUGAGGCUAUGUACCAUCCAUACUUCUGGAUAGAUGAUAUACUCAUUACCGGUAUUUUAACUGAAGCUCUAAACAUUCAGCUUAUUCAACUACCUAAACAGUUUUGGCUGGAAUACUAUGAAUUACUUGAAUGUUGUCUAAGAGAUAUGAUAAAUAAACAUAUUAUGUGCGAUGCUGUUGUAGGUCCUAAUGGUGGUAGGAAUAAUUUAAUUUUAGAGUUUAAUGAUGCAUUAAGUUUGUGUAAUAAGUUGAAAAAUUGUACUAAGAGAAAUGAGGAGCAAUCUCUUGAUAAAGUAUGUGUGGCUUUUAGGGAAAGAAGUAUCUUCAGUGAUGGUAAGGCUGAAGUACAAUUCAUUAAGUUAAGGUGAAACUUAAUUGACCAUACGUGGGCCUUAUGUCUUUGUAAUAAGGUUUGCAUUUGCAUAUUGUUGGUUAAGACUGUUAAGAGUGUAGGCAAUGGUUAUAUAGGGUUCUGGCAUUCCUCCCAGUUUCAAUGCUUAACUGGUGGUAUUCUAAAAUUAUAGUUCUUUUUUUUUAGCAUUAUAAAUAAGGUAAACAAUCUUGAUGUGUCUUUUUAUUGAAAAUCACGUUUUAAAAAUAAGUUACGCCAAAUAUAUAUCAAUUAUGAAUCUAAUACAAUCAUUUAUAUUACAGGUUUACUCGGUUAAUUCCGAAUGUCGAUAACUGUCGGAUAAUUCCGAUAAAGAGACUUUUAUUAUGAUGGAAUUAAGGGUGAUUUUCAUCUGAAUUCCGGAAUUAUCCGACAUUCGGUAUUACCCGAAUACACCUUAUAUACUUCUGAUUUAAUGCUGCUAAUAGUUACUGAUUUUGAAAAGCGUAUUUCAAUUAAACGACAUGUCAAGAUCGCUUACCUUCUUUCUAAUGCUAAACGAACUAUACAAGAGCAUGUUGAAAACUACCGUAGGCUGCUACGGUAGUUACGGUAGACUGUACAUGUUGAAUUAACCUUGGGUAGUCUACGGUCGCCAUCACAUAUAUCGGAGCGGCCAAGGUGCUCACAAAUAUCUUAGCACGCCUCUAUAUGGAAGACGUUAAAGUGCGUGUUCAUAUAUUGUGAACACCUUGGCCGCUCCGAUAUAUCUGAUGGCGAAUGUACAAGACAGCAUUAGUUUCCAAAUUAGGCCACAACAUGGCAUAACAAACUCCAACGCGUGUUAUUUACUAACCCUUAAUGACCUAGGGUCAUUUCAGUUUACCGUCCAGUGCCUGUUUCCGUCCACUUGGCAUAGUUGCUACAAAAUUGCGUAU